GAACACUCUAGAACUUCUUUCUCUUAUAAACCCACCUCUCUCAUUCCACUAUAUAAAUCCUCAUCUUUACCCUUCUCUCACAUUCAGAAGAAUUUUCAAAACUGAAAAAGCAAUCAUCUCUCUAAACUUUGAUUCUCGUUUUCUCCAUUUCCAAUAUUUUCUGUGUUUUACUUAAGAUUUCAAGAAGGUUAAUCAGAAUCAAUCAAUGGCGGACGUUCAGAUGGGAGACGUAGAGACCUUUGCAUUCCAGGCUGAGAUUAACCAACUUCUCAGCCUUAUCAUCAACACUUUCUACAGCAAUAAGGAGAUUUUCCUGAGAGAGCUCAUUAGCAACUCCUCUGAUGCAUUGGACAAGAUCAGGUUUGAGGGCUUAACAGAUAAGAGCAAGCUUGAUGCGCAGCCUGAACUAUUCAUUAGGCUUGUUCCUGAUAAGGCAAACAAGACCCUUUCUAUUAUUGACAGUGGUAUUGGGAUGACGAAAGCUGAUUUGGUGAACAAUUUGGGAACUAUUGCAAGGUCUGGGACUAAAGAAUUCAUGGAGGCAUUGCAAGCCGGGGCUGACGUGAGCAUGAUCGGACAAUUUGGUGUUGGGUUUUACUCGGCUUACCUGGUUGCUGAGAAAGUCAUUGUGACAACCAAGCACAAUGACGACGAGCAAUACAUUUGGGAGUCUCAGGCUGGUGGCUCUUUCACUGUUACCAGGGAUGUGGACGGUGAGCAGUUGGGCAGAGGAACCAAAAUCACUCUCUUCCUUAAGGAAGAUCAGUUAGAGUACUUGGAAGAGAGGAGAAUUAAGGACCUCGUGAAGAAGCAUUCGGAAUUCAUCAGCUAUCCAAUUUACCUUUGGACUGAGAAGACCACCGAGAAGGAGAUUAGCGAUGAUGAGGAUGAAGGAACGAAGAAAGAGGAGGAGGGUGAUAUUGAGGAAGUUGACGAAGAGAAAGAGAAGGAUACGAAAAAGAAGAAGAAAGUUAAGGAGGUUAGCCAUGAGUGGCAACUCAUCAAUAAGCAGAAACCAAUUUGGUUGAGAAAGCCUGAGGAAAUCACUAAGGAUGAGUAUGCAUCGUUUUACAAGAGCAUCACCAAUGAUUGGGAGGACCAUCUUGCCGUUAAGCACUUCUCCGUUGAAGGGCAGCUUGAAUUCAAGGCCAUCCUUUUUGUCCCCAAGAGAGCGCCUUUUGAUCUUUUUGACACCAGGAAGAAGAUGAACAACAUCAAGCUUUAUGUCCGCAGAGUGUUCAUCAUGGACAACUGUGAAGAGCUCAUUCCCGAGUACCUUGGAUUCAUUAAGGGCGUUGUUGACUCCGACGAUCUGCCUCUCAACAUCUCCCGUGAAAUGCUUCAACAAAACAAGAUUCUCAAGGUGAUAAGAAAGAACCUUGUUAAGAAAUGUAUUGAGAUGUUUAAUGAGAUUGCUGAGAACAAAGAGGACUAUGCCAAGUUCUACGAUGCUUUUUCGAAGAACCUUAAGUUGGGUAUCCAUGAGGACAGUCAGAACAGGGCUAAGCUGGCUGAUUUGCUAAGGUACCACUCAACUAAGAGUGGAGAUGAGAUGACGAGCUUGAAGGACUACGUCACAAGGAUGAAGGAAGGGCAGAAAGAUAUCUUCUACAUCACUGGUGAAAGCAAGAAAGCGGUGGAGAAUUCACCAUUCUUGGAGAGACUUAAGAAGAGAGGUUAUGAGGUUCUCUACAUGGUUGAUGCCAUCGAUGAGUAUGCAGUUGGGCAAUUGAAGGAAUAUGAUGGAAAAAAGCUUGUGUCAGCGACAAAGGAGGGGCUUAAAUUGGAUGACGAAACUGAGGAAGAGAAGAAGAAAAGGGAGGAGAAGAAGAAAUCUUUUGAGAACCUUUGCAAAACAAUCAAGGACAUUUUGGGUGACAAGGUGGAGAAAGUUGUUGUAUCAGACAGGAUUGUGGAUUCACCUUGUUGUUUGGUGACAGGUGAAUAUGGUUGGACAGCCAACAUGGAAAGAAUCAUGAAGGCUCAGGCUUUAAGGGAUAGCAGCAUGAGCUCUUACAUGUCGAGCAAGAAAACAAUGGAGAUUAACCCCGACAAUGGUAUCAUGGAGGAGCUGAGAAAGAGGGCCGAGGCUGAUAAGAAUGACAAGUCUGUGAAGGACUUGGUGCUCCUACUCUUCGAGACUGCUCUGCUAACAUCUGGUUUCAGCCUCGACGAUCCGAACACAUUUGCUGCAAGAAUCCAUAGAAUGCUGAAGCUUGGUCUGAGCAUUGAUGAGGAAGAAGUGGAGGGUGAUGAAGUUGAGAUGCCACCAUUGGAGGAGGAUGGAAACGAGGAGAGCAAAAUGGAGGAAGUCGACUGAAUAGCCUGUCAGUAAAUUUUGAGUUACGAGUCAUGGGUCAAUGUUAAGUGUCUAGUUAUGGGAAUUUCGGUGUGUGUUUUUUGCUUUUACUUUUCUUUAGGGGUCUAAUGUGUAUGUCUGUUUGUAUCCCUUUGUGAUUACCUAAUUUUGUUAUUAAUACAAAGGCAUUAUUCUGUUUUCAA